AUGUUCCCGAAAUUUGGUGUCUUGUUUUUACUCUUAGCAGGACUGGCUCUUGCAAGAGAUAUUCCACAGGUACCAGUGCAGACACCCACAUCGCCUACACUAGCACCAGCGAGCGCGAUCACCCCCGCCCCACUUGCACACGAGGAUGUUUUCAAAAGAGCGAUCGGAACAUGUGGUUUUAUUCGUGGUGACUCAGCGUCGCCUGUGACUUGCGGAGCAGGAUACAACUGCGUCACAACCGUCAGAGCUCAAUACGCAUUCGCAUGUUGCAACAAUGUAGAAUGCAUAAACGAUUGGAGCGUUUGUCGUCCGUUUGGUCAAACAGACUGCAUGGGCAACAAUCUUCCCGACGAUACCUGCUCACGGAUCUAUGGAUCUAUACUCCAAUGUUCGGAAGCAGCACCCUACUGCGUUACCUAUGCGCGUAGUUCUACGCUCAGCGAUUCAAUCACCUUUGUUUCGUUAACGUGCGGGACAACCUCGGAAGACGUUCUUCUCCUCGCGACAGUAACGAAUGGCGCAAAACAAACUGCAUCUGGCAAACCCGCCGCCGAGGAAACCGAGAGUGCAGACCCCCUUGCCGGCUUCCCAUCCAUCCCGGGUUUGUCGUCCCCGACUGGAACGUCUACUCGCAACUCCCCUGCGCCUACCGGUUCCAGUUCAAACGAACCCGCACUGAGCACCAGGUCGAUCGUUAUAAUCUCUGUGGUUGGCGCUGUGGUACUUCUAUUGGCGCUGGGAGUCGGAUGGUGUUGUUGGUGCAAGAGGAUAAAGGCAUGGUGGCGCAACAGACGACACCGCAAUGCAGAUAUCAUUGAUCCGGCCAGGAUACCGCAAGCGCCUUAUCAGCCCACUAACUACCAGCCCACGAACUACCAGCCUUCCAACUAUCAGCCAACUAAUCCCAGGAUACAGCAGUGGAGGAAUGAAACACUGCUUGGCGCGAGUCCUGAUGUGGAACCGUCCGUGAAUGGGAGUGUUUAUGGUGGAAGAAGCGUGAAUGGGGCGGCGCCCAGGCCGAUGAUGACGGUACAUGAACAAUAG